AUGUUCAAACAAGCCGUACAGGCACACGAUGCCAUCGCGUCGUCCUCGCCGUCAAAUGAUGCAUGUAAACAAGCCUCACUCGGCAAUGCCUUCAACCGAACCGGGCCAACACAAACAUCAUCCGCGCGCACCCUAGGAUAUGGAGCGAAGCAGAAUAAUAUUGUGGGGCAACAACGAGUAUCGGGUCCCACAACACAAGGUACUAAGAGGACUUCAAGUGGCCUGUCCAAGUCACUGAGUUCACAUGGUGGCGAAUUUGAGUACCCUUCACUCAGCAUUGGAGGCAUGGACAAAGAGAACGAACUUCCUGCCGCUUUCCACGCACCUAGCACUGGCUCUGGAAUCCUUGAGACUGCCUUGUUUGACGAAGACGAUUUCGACAGCGACGUGGAUCUCGACGUAGAGGACCCCGCGACUAAAGGCACCGUCACAUACCCUACAUUACCCAGUGCACCCUCGACCAUCUCAGGAGACUCCGGAUACAAUUCAAGGGCACAAACUGCAGACACCAAAUCGGAGGUAGACAGUAGCCAGCCAAUACCAUGGUCAUCUUCCCCAAUAGAACAUUUCAAAACACCCAAGAAAUCCGAACCGUUGAGGGUAAAGCGAAGAACGCUACCGUGGGAACAGUCUCAAAAGGCUCAGCCCUUGCAAGAGGAGGACGAGGAGGAGGACGAAGUCGAACCUCCAAAGAAGAAGCAAUCAGUCGAACCCGAAAAGACAGUAUCGACACCAGCACCGAAGGAUUCAAAUUCAAAGUAUUAUUGGAACACAACUCCCAGUGGGUUGAAGCAACAGCAGAAAGCAUUCAGAGAAAAUAUGAAAGCACAAGCAAAGCCGACUCAAGGGACUGAUGGUGGCGUCAAGGAGGUUAUCAAGACGAAGAAGAAGAAUACCGUGGCCCGCAUAUUUCUCAGUGAGGAGCAGCAAAAUGUGCUCAAGCUCGUAGUAGACUACAAAAAGAGUGUCUUCUUCACUGGUUCUGCUGGUAUGUGCAAAAUAUACGUUCCUUGUAUCGACUCAUUCACUGACCGCACCAGGUACUGGUAA